AUGGGACAGGUGAUCAAAAAGGGUUCACGUGAAAUUUAUGAAGGAGAAGAGACUAGACUCCGGUGUUUAGUGAAAGCAUUUGAAUGGUAUAAGAAAACUGCAGAAUAUAACUAUGAUUAUGGUCAAAACGAGCAAAAGAAAAUGAGAAUUUUUAUGCCAAUGCGAGAUUAA